AUGCAACUGCUUUCUCUUGUCCAUGUCAUGGCACUUGUGCCUGCAGUGCUCUCGUCUCCAGCAACAAAAUUCAACAAGUUUGCAAUCCGGGCUGAUGAUCGGGGUAACGAAACGAUUUCUGGCUUAGGAGCCCGCAAGCAGGAGGUUGUUGGUGCUGGUGGCAACACCCGUGACCUCGCAAUUGCGAUGCUGGAGACAAAGACAAUGACGACCGAUUACACAUAUGGCGAUGGAAAGGUUGGCGACGCCACAAACUUCGGCAUCUUCAAGCAGAAUUGGUACGUUCUGCGACACUCAGCAUCCGAAUUCCUGGGACAGUCUGUGGCCGAGGUCGAUAAUGGAGCAAUUCUCAAUACUAGCUCCGAUCUGGGCAAAGAUAUCCAAGCCCGCCAUGAGGGUGAGGAUCAUUAUGGAUUUGAGAUCUGGUUUAGUGGCCACCGUAACGGAGAGAGCGGUAUUAAAAACCCCGGCACGUCGGACAUCAAUGCAUACAUCGAUGCUAUAGCUUGGAUUCAACAGCAGAUUGAGAGCGAUGAGAAGUAUCAGUCUGAUGAUACUCGGUUCUGGGUUGAUGUUCAGGCAAUUUAG